AUGGUGAGGGAGACUGUUGACGCCAUGCGCGAGCACUGCCCCAAUCCCAAUAAGGCUGUAUGCAGUGAAAUUGUAAAAUCCAUUGUAAUGCAGUACCCAAAGACGUUUGGAGACCUGACCGAGGAAGGAGAACCACUUGGCAGUGGGUACCACUCCCUGUUCACUAAGAUUAAGACCAGAGUGGAUCAUAAAAAUCAUAACCGCACUUUAGAUAGAAUCCGUAGACCCAAGGGGAACAAUGAAGAGGAAAGGGACAUCAGCGGACAGGCAAGAACUAAGGUCGACAGUUAUAGCUGCAUCAACUGGCAACCACAGGACCUUCCAGAGAAAGAAACCCCAGACAAGAGACAGACGAUGGCGACCAUUUUCAGCUGUGUGGGACCCAGAGGUGCAGACGAGUGGAAUGGAUUACCUGAUGAAGCUGACAUACACUUAUCAACGCCACAUGAUCAACACUUGUCCACCUCCAAGCAACAGUGACCUCCAGGGACAGUGGCUUUUCCUUUUCAUCAAGUUAUGGCUAUGCGACCACUUCAAUACCCUCACUGGCAUCGAGAUUGACAGUCACCUGACUCAAGCUCUCCUGAACAAGGGUAAGAGAAUUGUCUACUUUUUAAAAAGCCAAAAGACCAAGUGAAGGAGAGAGAUCCAGUGCCUGCUGAAUGAAAUUGACAGUUACAUCAGAGGCAAUGACGAUAUAAGAACCAAUCCAUUCUUUUGUUGAUGACCCACUUCAAAGAGAAAGACAAAUCUCUGUUCCUCUUGGCAGAUGUAAGGAAUAGUGUUUUUAUACUUAUAAAGUUUAUAUAUGAUUAAUGGUGUUUAUACUGUACUAUUACACAUGAUUUGAAUCUUUUUUUAAUGUAUGUUUUGUGAUUUUAGGUCACUGCAAGUCGGGUUGAUGUCGAGGCGCAAAUUCCUUUGCCAGACACACCAAGGCUGAUCAUGCUUGGUAAUACAAUUAUUUUAUUUAAGAUGGAACAGAAAUAUAUAGUAUUGUGGUACCUAUCUAGAGAUACCUAGUAAGUAUGCACUAACACCCUUACUUUUGUGUAUUUCAGGAAAUACUCUAUUGGGUUCCUCAAAAUGGAUGGUGUCGAUCGAGGGGAGAGUGGUCUGUGUUUUGGACAGUGAGUCCAACUUUGCUGCUGCCCUCUCUGUGCUCUUCAGCACAUUCUAUGUUUUUAACAUAGAAUUCCAGGAGUUGUCCUCUGCAACCUUGGAGCUGAUACGGCGGUAAGCAUUGAAGUUUCAUUGAUCCAACACUUACAUUUAGCAUCUGUUACUUACAUUGCAAUUAUAUUUCUUAUUGUUAUUUUUUCAAUGCCUCAACUGAUUUCAUAUAUUCUUUAUUGGGUUGUGCAGGUUCCUGGUUCCAAUAAACCCUGAAGGAACCAAAUGCACACCGAAAGAAGGAGAGAGCCGCAAGACCGGAAAGGUCGUUCAGAGGAAGCCGCAAGACAGGAAAGGUUGUUCAGAGGAAGCCAAUGCCAAUUAA